AUGAAUAUCCAAGUUGCUUUGCUUCUCAUCUUUGCAGCGACCAGCGUUGCGCAAGUCGCAGCCAAUCCUCGUGAUGGAAAGCAUUACUCGCCGAUUCCACUCCUCACCUUGUCCGAGAACUCGACGUCCGUUAACGUAGUGCCUUAUCAGUCCACUAAGUCGCUGUACUAUCUCGGCUACAAGGAGGAAGACUGGUAUCGGCCGUUUGUCAAAUACUGGAAACCUGCUAUAAAGCAAAUUUCGGAUGAAGUGCAAAAGGGAAUUACUGAAAGUCCCCGUACCAGCAGUCUCGCUUUCAAGCCUCAAGAGCCAGCACAUUAUCUAACUCAGCCCGGAUACUUGCAGUUGGAGAACGGCUGGGCUGUGACCGACGAUAACAAGUUGAUGAUAGCCGUCCGUAAUGAUAUGGGCAAUGUCACGGGAGAUAUGUAUGAUUGGUGGUUUGGGUGGCACCUUGUUGACCCUCAAAGAUAUAAACUUUGGCAUCCAGUCGCUCAUCAAUAUGCCGACCGAAUGCCAAACGCGAUUGACUGGAGUAACAAGACCUUGCCCGAACGUUACAUCGGAUCAUACUCCUGGAUAGACGAGUUCAUCGGUAACUUUGCCACUAAACUGACCGUCAACUUUGUGGACCCUGCAACUCUCGGGUUCAAUACCAGUGACUACGAACCGCAGGGCAUCGAGACAAUUGUCAUGGCUCAUAUCACUAGUGGACAUACUACCAACGUCACUGGUAACUCCUACCUCAUGCAUCAGAUCCGCCGAAAGGAUGAUGGACAGCGAGAGCUACGAUCCCGAUUCUUCCUUGACGUCUUCGGAGAGACUCAAGGACAUGAUCUCAGCGUUCAUUGCGCGGUUGAGAUGUCGCAUUUGGCUACAUUUCUGCCUCAGCUGUUUGACGAGUUCAAGAAUACAAUUUAA